CCUAGGUAUUGUUUUCUACUUUUGCUUGUGUAACACUGUAAUGUAAAUAGGUUUAUAAAAUGUACCAACUUUUCACGUCACACUUAGGUACAGUACAGACUUACGGUACAUCUUACAUGAAUCGCCAGUUCAGGGGGCAAAAUUUUUGGCUCCUGGUCCUAAAACCUUGCCCACCCAUGCCAUAUACCAGAAGUGGGCUAGGUUUCUGGACCAGAGGCCAAAUCUUUUGUCCAUCUAGUCGGGCCAUGUGUGACAUGAAAAGUUGCAUUUUAUGAAUAAUAUUUAGUCUACAGUGUUACAAAAGCAAAAGUGGACAACAAUAAGCCUUGUGCCAAAACUAAAUUCAAUCGCAACCUCAACAAAUUCUUUGAGCUAUUUUUCAGCUGAAAUAUUGAAAUUUGGUUUCAGUUUGCAGGUUUAGUCAGUUGGUUGCGACAGCAUCAGGCGGGCCAGAUCGAAUAACUGUGAGUCUGUGUUACAGUUAUUUCUGUCGUUUGCAGUUCAGUGAUAUAUUCAAAUAUUAAAAUUAAGAAAUUGAACAUCAUUGAAAUAGCAAUGGCACUCGUUGAAAAUCUUCAGAAGUUGAUCAGAUCAUUUGCCAAGUCAAAAGGCUUUGACAGAUUGUUGCAAGGUGCUCAAGUUUUGUCUGCAAAUGAUGGGAAAGUUCGGGUAGAAAUGAUGGUAAAACCUGAACACUUGAAUGUACCUGGAACCAUGCAUGGUGGAUUAAUUUGCACAUUGGUCGAUACUAUAUCUACUUUAGCAAUUGCUUCCACAAAAGAUAAUAAAUUUGGUGUUAGUGUUGAUUUAAAUGUUUCAUUUAUAUCGGCUGCCUCGCCAGGUGAAAAAAUUGUGAUAGAAUCCGAAGUUUUACGAACAGGAAAGAAUCUUGCUUUUGCAAAUGUCAAUAUACUAAAAGAGGAUGGAAAACUAGUCGCUACUGGUAGACAUACAAAGUAUUUGGGAUUGGGAAACGUGCCUGAUGCGAGAACUUUUAAAUAAAAUUUGAACAUAGAUAGUACCAUUUUGUAUACCUGAAUAACAUAAUUUAUAUAUAUUCUGAAGAAGUGCCAAUUAUAAUUUUUUAUUAUUUGACUAUGAAAAUAUCACAGUUCAUUAUGUUCUAUUAGUACUUAAGCUGUUUUGAUGAAUUAAUUAAUGUAUCAAGAAUAGCUGGAUAGAGUUAUACAAUAUUACACAAAUGAUAUAAAGUGAACUCUGCUGAAACAUUCGUCAUUAUUUGCUGCCCUUAUCACUACAUUGUUGCUGUAGAAAUAAAAACCCUUUUCCUCCAAUUAUUAAACUAAAUAAAUUUUUAGUGGUCCAAGCAGUUGUUUUUUGUAGAUUACUAGUACUUUUUGUUUCAUAUUUCCUCUUGGCUACCUCGUGCAUAUUUUUUCCUGGUUUUGAAAAAUAAUCCACAAUUAUGUGGCUUUUCUGCUAAUUGAAUAAUGUGAGCGUGUGGCCGAUAAACAUGGUGAACGUAACACUUGACUUCCAUGUCAAUAUACUUGCAUGUUUCAAAACAAUAAUUUGGAAAAUAGUAAUUUAUUAUUGUAAUACUGUGUAUCAAUUUCAUCGCCAUCUGCAAACGUCUUCGACCUUCUGAAUUAUGAAGGCAAAUUAUACCUAUAUUUCCUAAUUUUUCAAUGUAUAGCUGUUGUAUGCAAUAAUUCAUUCUAUUAUUUGCCAACUGGAUAACUAGACGUCAUAUAGAGCAAUGUAUUUUGGGACAAGAAGCAGAAAUUAAUGCAAAUUUAUCUCUAAUUUGCUAUAUUUAGUAUCUUCUAUUCCAAAAUGUGCUAAGCUGCUGCUAUGUAAAUAUGUUUAUGAGAUUGAACAUCUUAUUUUUCAAUGCGAAUAAGAACUAUUUUUUCUUAUAAUUCACUGUCCAUGUUACAGA